AUGCUGCGCAUUCGAUUGCCCUCCGGCCAAAUGAAUUUGAAGGGAGUUGACUUUCAAACAUCGACAGUCGAAUGGUUAAAAUUGCAAAUACAAAAUGAAAGUAAAAUCCCACCUCUAAAGCAAAAACUGAAAUGUGGAUUUCCCCCUGUAGAGGUUAAUGGGCAAUCAGAUCAAGAAUUAUUUAAUUCAAAAAAGCUUUCGGAUAUUGGUUUAAAAUCAGGAGAAAGUUUGAUCGUGGAAGAAACCAAUGAAUACUCCCAAGCAAAACAUGUCAUUUCCAAUCCAUUAGCAUCGGUGGACAAUCACGAUGAUGUUGUUGAUAUUACGAACGACUCAACCACUACUGUACAAUUAAAACCAGAACAAUAUUCGGACUGUCCAGCUCGACCACAUGAUUUGCAAUCGUUUGACUCCACUUUGUUAUCGGACUGUGUUGCUAUUAAACGAGUCAUUCCAGCAGACAAUUCGUGCUUGUUUAAUGCAUUGGCUUAUUGUUUGGAAGGAAGUAGCGCCAGAAAAAACAAAAGAGCUCGAGCAUUGAGAAGAGUUGUGAGAGAUUGGAUUAUGAAACAUCCUUUUUAUUUCAACGAGGCAAUAUUGGGAAGACCAACAAAAGAAUAUUGUGACUGGAUCAUGAAAGAUGAUUCUUGGGGAGGAUCUAUUGAAUUAUUAAUAUUGUCUCAGUUCUACAAUAUCAGGAUUGAAAGUUUUGAUGUCACGGCCAAUCGAAGAGAUAUCUAUGGUGAAGGAGACACUUCAAUUACCACAAAAAUCUUUCUAAUUUAUGAUGGUAUUCACUAUGACGCUCUUGCUUUCAAUCCUGUUCCUUCUGGACCUGAGGAAUUAGAUAUUACCAUUGUACCAGCUAAUGAAGAAAUUUCUUCCAAAAAGGCAUUUGAGAUUGUCAAACAGUUACACGACCAACAUCAAUUUACAGACACUGCCAGCUUUACCUUAAAGUGUUUGCAGUGUGGAGAAUUUUUGAAAGGAGAAAAAGAAGCCACACUACAUGCCAAGAAAACAGGUCAUACAAGCUUUGGAGAAAAGAGAUAA